AUGGGGAGUAUGUCUCAUCCAGUCUAUCUGUUGGAUCGAAACGAGGAGGAGACUAAACGUCUCAAUGACCAGCAUCGCUUUCUCGUCGAUCUCUCGAGCCUCAUUCAUCCGUCUAUUCCAAGAGACCUUACUGCAAUCGCUGAUUUAGGCACUGGCACAGGCAUCUGGCUCCAAGAUGUCGCCAACCUCCUUCCCAAUAAGUCAGUGUACCUCCACGGCUUCGACAUCUCCUCAACCCAAUACCCACGACGCCACGAGAUCCCACGGCCUGACCAAAAGCCCAUCCUCCUGACUGUCCACAACGCACUUCGCCCAUUCCCAGCAGAGCACCUUGGCCGAUACGACCUCGUACACAUCCGACUCCUAACAGCAGGCUUGAAACAAGCUGAUUACAUAACUGUGCUUGCAAACGCGCGGGCUUUACUCAAACCAAAUGGAUGGAUCCAAUGGGAGGAAGUCGACCACACAGCCUUCUGUACAGACGCGGUACCAGAGCCAGCAGCUAUAACCCGACUGCGGGAAUGCGUAAUCGAAGCUAUGCUGAAACUAGGCCUGUGGCCGUUCGCUCCACAGCGUGUCUAUGACGAGAUCAAUGCAGACGGAUUCACUGACGUCGUCCGUGAGACUUACACUACUGUUGGGAAGGAGCAUCUACGUCCUAUUGCGCAGAAAUGGGUUGCGGGUGUGAUGCGUGCGCUGGUGCCGCCUUCUAUGCUUGCUAUCGGUCAGGCUGAGGAUAUCAAGCAGGCACGUGGGAUUACUGAGAAGUUAGUUGGCGAGUUUGAGGCUCAUUGUGAGUCUGCGACGGCGCUGGUUAACUUUGGGGUUACAGUUGGUCGGAGGGUGAAUUAA